AGAUUUGGAGAAAUCAAUUCCACUUCAGACCUCCAGCCAUGUUCAGGUACACAUUCACAUCUACAGUCCAUUCAGCCACAUAUCUACACCACUGUCACUAACAAUACCACCUCCUUACUCCGUACAGAGACUGACGCACUCAUCCCCGAUAUGCGAUCGUUCAUCCCAUAAGCUUGAACUCCAAAUGUUAUGACUCGAGGCAUUGGUGCGGCCAGCGCAAUUCAAUUUUCCGCAAGAACUCGUCCUGCCAACUUUGUCUGGAUCUCCGAUGAAUUACUAGCCGGCACUUUCGCUCGCUUUUGCCAGAGACGUCAUGGAAGCUGCGUGCCGGGGCCCUUGGAAGCAAGGCGCCGUGCCGCGAAGCGGAAGAACACCAGUCUUGCGUCUCAGUCUUGGAGCCCAGUACCCUUGGAUCCUGCACUGCUUUCAGGUCGCGACCAACAUGUGUCAUGGUGGCAGAGCGAUAAGAAAGUGAACAGUGUGGAACCGAAAACCCCCAAAUGGCUGUCAUGGCUCCUCGAAAGUCAACCCUCCCCUUCGGCCCCACACGCGCAAUCGGCAAAGCAAGAUACAGUAUUAUGGGAUAGCCUCGACAAUGACUGGUUGGCUGGCAUUCUCAGUCAAUAUACCACAUUCCACGAUAUUCAAGAAGCACUGCAACAACGCCGCGUUAGUGCCGAACAAAGACCAAAGCUGUGCCAACAGGUCUUGAGCCAUCUCCUCAAGCAUGAAAAUUGGGCUCCUGAGGUCGCACAGCUUUUGCUAGACCCCGAAUUUCACCCUCCUGGAUCCUCACUGCACCUCGAAGCCUUCUCACAGCUCGACACGCUACCCUUGUCGGAAGACUCGUGGCUGAGAAUACGAAAUUCACUGUGCGACGCAUCUCGGCUGGGGAUCGUCCCGAUUGAUGACAUCCGCAAGAUCAUAGAGUCCUCAUGUGGAAGAAGCCUUCGUCUCGCUGAUAGUGCAUCCAUAAUUUCACUCGAAGCCAAUGAGAUCGGCCUUCUUCCGGAGCUGGUCAAGGCGAUAUAUGCUUCAAGCAUUUUGAGCCUUGAAGACAUCGGAAUAUCAUUCAUCCUGGAUUCGUUGCGUAAAUCUAGCAUAAAUCGAAAUGCUAGCACAGUUUUAUCAAUCCUGGCUCCCUGGGCUGAACAGAGGCACGCCAGCACAUACUCCUACUACGCUGUCGAUGAGAUUCUCCACAUCAAAGCCGACUCUCCACAGGCAGAGGCUACCACCAUAUCUUCAACAGCACGAUUUCUCUCUACACUGAACUCGAGAGUUCUUGCGCUUACCCUUCUUCAAGUGACCGAGCAGCUAUGCCUUGUUAGCAGCAAGAAGGGCCUGUCAGGCAUGACGCAUCUCGCCAACUGGCGGACGACUCUAUCUGAACUCGGACGGCCCACAAAGGACGAGCUUCUUGAGGAAGGUCAUUUCUCUACAAUGCUCUCACACCUGGGCGAUGAGAAGGGAAUUCGCGGGCUUUUGAUGACAAUGUGGACCUGUGUCAGCCUGGCAAACUCAGAUGAGGAAUUAGAGGCGUUUCUCCACGAGGAUAAUGUUAGGAGGGUAAUUCGGCAAGAGAUGGAGGGCACGAACGGUGUCGAGACCAACGAUCCUUUUGGUCGAUUCACUCUCGAGCUGUCCAAGCUUCCUCUGCCUAACAAAGGCUUUCUACUGGAGAAGAUCUUGCCAUUCAUCCACCAUCGUUCACCAGCUGCUGCGUCAGACCCAUAUCUAGAAAUGCUCAUCAAAGGACUUGUGGAUCGACGAUACGUCAUACUGUCCGACCGAGGCCAUUUCCAAUCUCUAUGGAGAAACUAUCCAUAUGAGCUAGUGGACUUUGCCGAGUCGAUCAAUCCGCACCUGCACCUCUUCAAGGGGCUAUCGCGCAAAUGGCUCUACAAGGACGACAGGGCAUCAGGGGUGGUAUUGAAGCUUCUACGGCACAACCACGCCUUGAAACUGGCCCUGAGCCAGUUGUCACUAGAUCCCGACCACGUCCCUUUCCGGAUCGCAUGGCUUCGUGAGAAGACGCAUAGCAUCGACCGACUCCCUGAUCCACACGAGGCGCUCGAAUUCAUCAAGCACCUGGCCGUGUCAUUUGCAACGACCAAAAUCGACACGCCAUCCACGUGCGACAACCACCUCAACUGGCUGUAUCUAUUCCUUCACCGGUAUCGCUGUCCCGUUCCACCCAUCCUCGUCCAAGGCCUCUGGUACACCGGACUGGUUCGCCCGGGCAGAAGUGAAUUCUCAUCUGCGACCAUGGAGCGCGUGCUGUACCGCGUGUCGCAAGUCGAGGGUCCGGAUGUUGCACGCCAACUCGAAUGCGAUCCGGCUUUCCGAGCCCAGUACCAGCGCAACUUCGAAGCUUAUGCUCAACAAGACGACCCUGAUUUUCUCGCAAAACAUUAUCCCGAGGUUGAUUAUAUCGAUGACCUCUACUGGGCUCAGGGCUCGCAUUGGAUGAAGGAUCGAUCCUCCUUGCUGGAUUUUAAACCUGAUUGGUCACCUGGAGAGUACACUGAGUUGCCUGAUACAAGCACACCUCUCCCUUUUCCAAGGCAGCGGUUAACUCAUGGUGCUCUGUUUACAUAGAGAGAGACCCAGGAGAGAUGGGCACUUGAAUUGAUCAAAUCCACGCUAGAAAUGACAUGAUAUUGGGCCUAAAACCGAAAUUACAAGAUAGAGAGGUCUUACUUGGAGUCAUGGGGUUGGCGAUGAAUUGAAUUCUGCAUCGUGAAGUUAUAGCGACGAGUGAUCUAGUGUUUAUAUAGUGUAUGAUAAUAAC